GCCGUUAUACGAUUUAAAAAAUUAUUAGUAGGUCUUAAGCUUUAUUUAUUUUUAUGUUUUAAAAACGUUUUUAAAAGAAGAGAAAAGAUCGAUUCAUGAUGCUUCCGUACGUAUGAAAGCGGAAGAGCAAAUUCUUGUUGCUGAAUUGGAAAUUUUUGUCCCCCUUCGUCAUCAUAGAAUCCUUGACAUCUUAGCCAUGCCGCCAUGUUUCAAGUUCCCUGGAUAUUUUUAAUUGCAACUUGAGAGAGAUUAUGAUAAAAGGGCAGGAAUGAUACAUUAGCCUCCCUUACCAAUUUCACUGGCUGCAGCGUUAGCCAUUAAUCCUGUCGAUUUUCUCUUUAUGGAAUUCCCAAUCCUUCUAGCCAGCCUUCUCUUUAUCUUUGCUGUAUUGAGAUUGUGGAAGAAAUCGAAAGGCAAUGGCUCAACUCUAGCCUUACCUCCAGGACCAUGGAAAUUACCCCUCAUUGGAAACAUUCACCAGCUAGCCGGCUCUCUUCCCCAUCAUUGCCUAACAGACCUGGCCAAGAAAUAUGGACCCGUCAUGCAACUUCAAAUUGGAGAAGUCUCAACUGUCGUUGUUUCUUCAGGAGAAGCAGCAAAAGAAGUAAUGAAAACACAUGAGAUCAACUUUGUCGAGAGACCUUGCCUCCUUGUUGCAAAUAUCAUGUUUUACAAUCGCAAGAACAUUGGGUUUGCACCAUAUGGAGACUAUUGGAGACAAAUGAGGAAAGUUUGCACGUUGGAACUAUUUAGUGCAAAACGUGUAAGAUCAUUCAGAUCAGUAAGGGAAGAAGAGGUAUCCAAUUUUAUUAGAAAUAUUUAUGCGAAAGCCGGUUCGCCAAUCAACCUUAGCAAAAUGAUGCUUGACUUAUCAAACGGCGUCAUUGCAAGAACAAGCAUCGGUAAGAAAUCCAAAAACCAAGAAGCCUUCUUACCAAUCAUUGAAGAUGUGGCAGAGGCAUUGGCUGGUCUGAAUAUUGUAGAUGUGUUCCCUUCUGCUAAGUUCUUGUACAUGAUCAGUAAGCUGAGGUCUAGACUCGAAAGGUCGCAUAUAGAAGCAGAUGAGAUCCUUGAAAACAUUAUAAAUGAACGUAGAGCCAGCAAGGAAGAGAGAAAGACUGAUCAAGACAACGAAGUGGAAGUUCUUCUGGAUGUUCUUCUAAAUCUACAGAAUCAAGGAAACCUUGAAUUUCCUUUAACAACAGACAGCAUCAAAGCAAUCAUCGUGGAAAUGUUUGGUGCUGGGAGUGAAACAACAUCAACACUUUUGGAAUGGUCAAUGUCAGAAAUGUUGAAAAAUCCAAGGGUAAUGAAAAAGGCACAAGAAGAAGUGAGGCAAGUCUUUAGUGAUUCAGAGAAUGUUGAUGAAACAGGUCUUCAAAAUCUGAAAUUCUUGAAGCUGAUCAUCAAAGAAACCCUGAGACUACAUCCACCCAUUUCUUUGAUUCCAAGGGAAUGCAGCAAGACAUGCGAGAUUAAUGGAUAUGUCAUACAAGCUAAAAGUAAAGUAAUAAUCAAUGCGUGGGCUAUUGGUAGGGAUUCUAAUGAUUGGACUGAAGCAGAGAAAUUCUAUCCAGAGAGAUUCCAAGAUAGUUCAAUUGAUUACAAGGGUACAAAUUUUGAAUUUAUCCCAUUUGGUGCUGGAAAGAGGAUGUGCCCUGGCAUGCUGUUCGGUAUAGGUAAUGCUGAGCUUCUGCUUGCACGGCUGCUAUACCAUUUCGAUUGGAAACUUUCCAGUGGAGCAGCUUUAGAAGAUCUUGACAUGAAUGAGGCUUUUGGGGGAACAGUUAAGAAAAAACAUUAUCUUAACUUGAUUCCCAUUCCAUAUGGUCCUUGUCCUUUGCCUGUGGAAUGAUGAAAGUCUGUGACAGUUUCACCGAAGUGUUGGUCCCUGAAUCAAAUCUACUUGCACUAAACUACUUAGUUUUUACUUUGUGAUGUUCUUUUGAUUGUGCAAGUUAAAGUAAACUAUAGAACGUUUGCUAAAUGUGUUUCUCAUGUAUUUCCAAGAACUCGGGAAGUUUACCCUUCUGGAAAAUAAACAAUUUUCGACU